AUGUUCGCAAAAAGAAAUCUUGUUGAUAUAAAAAAGUCGACUGCUAAGCUACAAGACCCCAAAAAAGAUGUUGCAACUAGAGUGAAACAUUUAAAAAUUAUAUUGGAAAAUGUAGACUCUUCAGAGGCGAAGGGUUUUUUUGAAGCUAAUUUCAGUCAUAUUUAUAACAUACUAUAUGAAAGCUUUGUCCAAACUGAAACAAAUUUAAGGCAAAGAGAGCUGUCUUUUCAUCUAGUGCACAAGGCUCAUAAAGAAGAGUUGGAAGGUACUCUGUGGAUCUUGGAACAAGUAUUGUGCCUUUUGCCUGAGCUUAUAUACAGAAGAUGGCAACUACAUUCUUUAAGCAGACUUUUGGCGAAAUUGCUCCAUUUUGGCAAUUCGAUCAAAUUGAGGAGGCAAGGCAUAAGAUUCUUUUUAAUGUGGUAUCAAGCUUUGAACGAAAAUGCACCAGAAUACGUUCACAAUAUGUUUGGGGCUCUGGUGCCAGGGUUUGGAAAUCAAAAUGUUUUUCAGUCGCAAAACUGCGGAAGCGUUUUUCACGAUACCAGCUCCCAAUUUCCUGUAACAGCGACUGAAUUGUUACCAAUUUUACCUCCAUCAAGUGGUGAAAAAGCGCCCGAUAAUUCCAGCAAAUUUUAUUUGGAGGCACUGUUGGAGUAUAUGGUUCACACUGUUGUGAAGUUAGAAUGGCAAGACAAGAGUGCACAUCAUCACAGAUGUUUCAGUUUUUUGUUGGAAAAAUUCAAAUUGUACUAUGUAACUAAGAUCUGUCCAAAUUUUUGUAAAGAUACAUCUCUGUAUUCACCAAAUUUAGACCUCCCCUUGUUUAGAAGACCAGAAAGUGAAAAUGAAUUUGUACAUUGUAGAGUGAGUUUAAUAUUGUGGACUAUAAACUACAUGCACCAAGCAAAAAAGGGGCACGAUAAUAGGGACAGUACAGGUCCACCUUCUAUAGCUUCCAUCCAAAAUAUUCAUUCGCCCUCUCAAUAUUCCCAACAUUCACAUGGGUCACAUGAAGAAGAUUCACAACAUGAUUCAUCUCAUCCUAGCUUGGAUUCAACUCUUUCAAUUCAAACCAGAACAACAUCUGAUGAGGAACUAGCUCCGCAAAUAGUCCGUGAAGUUUUAUAUAGUAGCAGAGAUAACGUUAAUUUUAUUCAUGAAUUGUAUCGGCAAGCUUUUCUUCUAAAUUUUACACACGUAGUAGCCAUAAGAAAGAUUAUCGGACUUUACAAAGAUCUUAUCCAAGGAAACGUCAUUGAAAUACCACCCUAUGCUCUUGAUUUGCCCGAUGAAAUGCCAAGAAAUGAAGAAAAUGCUGAGGGCGAGAACAAGCCACCUCCUAGAUUAAGGAAUGAUUCGUAUUUGGGAGCUAUACAUAAAGAAAAUUUGUUGAUAAGAGCAGGAACUCAGAAUUUGUAUCAGAUUUUUAUGACUCAUGCUGCCAACGUUUUCCUUAUCGAAAUCAAUUCUCAUGUACCAAGAAUGCUUGAAGAACAAACAGACGCUUGUAAAAGAGUGUUAAAUAUAUAUCGGUACAUGGUAAUGAAUACCAGAAUGGACAGUAACACAUGGGAACAACUUUUGCUGGUUCUCCUCCAAAUAACAUCCCUUGUACUCGGAGAAAACCCGCCAAAGAAAAAAGGGUCUACUCUUGGUGGAAAAUUGGCUCCUGCAAUAUUUCAAACAUUGAUUGUUACUUGGAUUAAAGCUAACUUAAAUGUGUUGAUAAGUAGAGAAUUGUGGGACAGAUUUUUGCAUGUAUUAACCACGUUGACCGUUUGGGAGGAAUUAAUUAAAGAAUGGGCAAAAACUAUGGAAACUCUAACAAGAGUCCUAGCUCGCCACGUUUACAACCUCGAUCUGACAAAUCUUCCUCUAGAUAGACUAAAUGAAUGCAGAUCUAAAAGAUCUAGAAGACUUACUAGUAGACCAGAACAUAGUACUCCUAGCAGCAUAGGAGAAACUGUACAUCAAAAUGUUUCUAGACAGGAUUCCACUUUGCCAGAUGGUCAUCUACUGUUAAAAAGAGCUCGAACAACAUUAACCAGGAGUUACAGUGACAACGAUCUAACUGUAAAAAGAAGAUCUGUGCGGAUUAAACAAAGAAAUGCUAAUAGAAGACGGUCAAAAUCUCUUGAAAACAUUUGCCCUAUAGACACGGAAUCCACUGACCGUACUCGCUCACCUAGUCCAGCACCCUCUAGCGGAAUAGAGAGCAAUUCUAUUAAAGAUUCUCCUAUUCAGUUAGAUAUGCUCUCUGUGGACCACCACAUUUCUGAACCAUCAGGAGAAAAUAGGGGAGUAAUUUGCGGUGGUUCUGUAAGGGGAUGGCUGCCAGAUGUAGCUGUCAUCCUGUGGAAGAGAAUGUUAGGUGCGUUGGGUGACGUUAACCAAAUCUCAGAUCCAAAACUACAUUCUCAAGUAUUCGAAUAUUUAGUUAAGCUUACAGAAACUUUAAUCAAAAUCAGUCGAAAUCAGGGUGUAUCUUACGAUAACAUGAGUACUCCACAACCUCCUGAAUUAAUUCCACCACUAACUUUGAUUCUUCCUUGGUGUUUUGGAGCUUUGAUACUUCCCGGAACUUAUGAAGCUGGUAAACUGAAUGCCUUAAGGCUUAUCUGUACUAUAACUGUAAACUGUGAUAGCAAGCAUCUGACCUAUUUACCAGAGGUCUACAGGUUUUUACAUAUAGCUUUAACUGGUAGUUCAAAGCUGGUAAUAAAUACUUGUCUAAAAUACCUUGGACCUCGUUUCUUCUCUCUUCAACUACCCGGAUCUUCACUUUUAUUACUGGAUUUCAUCCAUGCUUGUAAUGUAACUUUAAACAGUACCGAAAAAUUGGAAUUGGCACCGAGAACCGAAGCAAUGUCACUUUUGGCAAACUUGCUCGGUCAGACUGAAAAUUUGAAUUCCAUUUCUGUACUACAACCUGAUUCGGAAAUGCGGAUCAUAACUUGUCCCGAUGUAAAGGAACAUAUUGUUAGUAUUUUGUUACGUGCUGGUAGGAGAGAACCAAAGGGCAAAGCUAGGUGUAUAGCUUUGUCAGCUCUUGGAAUUUUUGUUUAUAGAGAAUUGGACAAUCAAACUUUCCAUUCAAAAGUAACUGAUGCGAUUAAUGUUAUACUUCUGGCAUUGAAGUUUAAUAACAAGAUAAUAGUCCAAUUAGCCAGCAACAUACUGUUUCUACUCUGCGACCACGCACCAUUAUUAUGGUCUCAGUAUCCACGAUUGGGCAAUGCAGUUAUUUCCACAUUGUGUUCUGCACUUUUUUUACACACUCCACUAGGAUCCACAGCAGGUGAAAGCGAUAAAGCACUGGGAACAGCUUUAUUGUUUUGUUUGGGAGAGUGGUGCAUGAAAUUGGGACCGCAGAAACUAUUGGAGGUGUGUGAAUAUGGAGAAACCAGAGGAAUGUGCCUUUUACUUCAAGUUUUCACGGUUUUGCAUAAGAUAAUGCUAGGCAAGGCGUCCUUAGAACAUCCUGGAGGUUUAACGCAACCUAGCAUGAACGACGAUUUUGAUCCAAAUAUUCUUUCCGAUGAUUUUGAACUAUCUGCAAAUUUAUCGACUUCCAAAAAUAAUCAAUGUCAAGAUGCCAUCAAACUAUGCGCAAGAACAAUAUUGACCCAUCUAGUCACCCAUUUGGGACAUUUCCCAAUGGCUAUAGGUGCAACUAGGCUAAGUUCAUUGGUGUCAGAACACGAUGAUGUGCCUAACCUCAGUUCUGACGAUUUGUCGACCAGUAUCUUUUCUGCCUCGAAUAUCCAACUAUUUAUUCUCUCUAAAGAUAUAAUAUCAAGCUUGGUGGAACUCCCAGCUUUGGAACUACCAGGAGGUGGGGUAACGGCCGGAUUGUCAACUGCUGACAAGCAGGUACGAGUUCUCUUAAGAGAUCUCUCCGGGAAAUCAAGUUGGGAUGCUUCAAUUCUCUAUAGAAAUCCAGAGAUAGUUACGAAACAUCCAGAAAUCGAAAUACAGAAAUACUCUACUAAUAAUGUAGAAAAUAUCAUUCAACCUGAGAGUUUGAUGGGAACAACACCUUUGGGAAACCUGCCGCAAAGGGCUUUUAGACAUAGACAGCCUAAUAUUUUACCUGAAGUAUCCAAUGCGGCCCCAGAUUUGGAUCAGCUGGAUGAUUUACUUCAAUACCUGGGUUAUACGAGUCCAGAAUGUCUGGAAAAUGUGAAUCAAAAAUUGAACGAACCUGCUGCUCCUCCCAUGUCUACGGAUCUAGAAAAUGAAGCGAUCGCGUCAGUUAUUAGCCAAAGAAACUUAGAAUUUGAAGAAAAUAGGCACUCGCAACUGGUAAACUCCAUGUUGGGACAACCUGUAGAUAGACCUAGCAGUAGGUCAGAGUCUAGUUACCCGUCUUUUGGAAGUGUAGCUUACCAACAGAGUAUUUCCAGUUCGACUGAGCAAAUUGCUUUCCAGCAUUGUCGGUUAUUUUUCUCACAGUUAGGAUUAGCUGGUUGGGAGAGAAGGCAACAAUUGCAUUUACUUGACAAGACUGAACGAUUAUUAAGAGAGUUAAGGAAUUUAGAUAACCAAAGUUGUCGGGAGACCCACAAGUUUGCUGUUAUAUACGUUGCUCCGGGUCAAGAAGAUAAAAAUUCAGUAUUAUCAAACCAAGGCGGAAGUGUGGCCUACGAGCAAUUUUUAGCGGCUUUAGCUUGGGAAAUAGAAUUAGAAGGACACACAGGGUUUUGUGGGGGUUUGCAAAAGCAGGGUUCCACUGGACUGACCGCCCCUUAUAUAGCGACUAGUUUUCUAGAAGCUAUAUUUCAUGUCGCCACCAGAAUGCCUGGUGACACUCCUGAGGCCGUACUUAAUAAGAUAAGACAUUUAGGAAAUGAUGAAGUUCACAUAGUGUGGUCGGAACACAGUAGAGAUUAUAGACGUGAUAUCAUUCCAACUGAAUUCUGUGAUAUUUUAAUAACCAUUUAUCCUUUAGGAGGAAAUUUGAAUAGAGUGACAAUUAAUUUAAAAGCAGACGUUCCACAAUUUGGAGUGUUAUUUAAUGAAGCUAUAAUAGAAACCUCUGUCUUAGCUGGUUUAGUUAGAGCUACUGCGAUAUGUGCAAGUCGCGCCAAAAGAAUGACAUACCAGUUUUAUCAGCAGUAUUAUGAAGAAAGAGCCAGGUCACUCGAAACAGUAGUAACGAAACAUAAAAAACAUACCACCUAUGAGGAAUUUAUAUCAAAGGUGUACACUCCCGUCCUAAGUCCUAGUUCAUUUAGUGGAAUUUCUACAACCAAUAAUAAUGAUGGUACUUCCAGCUCAACACUCGCAGCUGCCCUGUUGGAUUCGCAUGGACAUAUACCAAAAGGAUCUCAGAGGGCCGACCAAAAAUAUAGAGCUUCAGCCAAUGACGCCACUAGAACGGGCUGGUUCCAAAACACUGAAAACCAAAUCGUCGAAUCAAGCAUAUCCCCCAGACCCAUGAAGAGGAUUUCAACAAAUUUGAAACCCUCAAAAAAGUCCCUAAAGCGUGAAACUUCUGUAGAAUCUCCUCCUGAAAGUCCAUUACAAAUGACAAGGAGAAAAUAA